GUGGCCGGGACCUGCGCCCUGGUACCCCGCGGGCUCCGCUCUGGGGCCGCUCCCGGGGCACGCGCCCGCGCUGGCAGAGCUCCUGGCGGCGGGGCCGUGCCGUGCCGUGCCGAGCUGGGGUUGCGAGGCCCACGGCGAGGGGGACUCUCAGCCCCCAGGCCCGGCGGCUGGGCCCACUGCUGAACCUGGGGGAUGGCAGUCCCCAGCCCGGGGGGCCCUCUCGGCUGAGGAAUCCCCAGUUACGGAAAGCUGCUUGUCGAUGCAAGGGGAGCCCAAGAUCAGGCUCGCCCCACACAGCAAUAAGGCAGGAUGAGAUCUAACACAAUCCUGUCGUCAUGUGUCCUGUCACACACAUGUGGCCUGGCUGGAGACAUGACUCUGUGAGUGCUUACUACAGGUUCGUAGUGCUUUUCUUCAACUGCCUCUUGACCUUUGGCUCUUAUUUCUGCUUUGAUAUUCCCAGUGUCCUGCAAGAGCAAUUCCAAGGGAACCUAACUUGCCCCAAUGGAACCCAACAUAAUGGCACUGGACAUAAUGGUACGUUGGACUGUGUGGAAGGCCUGGGGAUGACACCUGCACAGUACAACUUGCUGUAUGCAAUCUAUGCCUGGACUAAUGCACUGGUGGUGGUUGUGGCUGGAUUCCUGAUUGACAAACUGGGAAAUCACUUUGGCGUCUUUGUCUUCUCUCUUCUAACUGUCCUGGGAUCCUCCAUCUUUGCUCUGGGCUCUCACUUCAAGGGAACACCCUAUCUUUUGCCAAUGAUGCUGACAGGACGACUACUGUUUGGAUCUGGGAAUGGGUCACUUACCAUUGUGCAGAAUCGCAUCACGGCCUUCUGGUUUAAGGGGAAGGAACUGGCCUUGGCAUUUGGAUUGACCCUGUCUUUCUCUCGGCUGGGGAGUGUACUCAACUUCUUCUUCACCCAGCAGUUUGAGAGCCACUUUGGUAUCCAGUGGACACUCUGGGGAGGUACUUUGCUGUGUGUGCUUGGAUUUAUUUCGGCCAUCACAGUCAGCAUGCUGGACAAAGUGGGAAUGAAGCAGCUUGGAUUGGAUGGGGUUAUCCAGCAAGAGUCCAAAAAAGUGCGGGUUCAGGAUGUCCGUCGACUGCCACUUCGCUACUGGCUUCUGGUUCUCACCAUCAUGUUCUUUUACAAUGGGGUCUUCCCAUUUGUGGCGGAUGCCAGCAAGUUUAUCCAGGAUAAGUAUUCUGGCUACAGUCAGCAGGCAGCCGCUUACAUUGCUGGAGCAGUAUAUGACAGUUCUCUUGUUCUCUCUGCAGCAGUUGGCAUAUUAAUUGACUAUGUUGGAUUGAGAGGUGUGUUUGCAGUUGGCUGUGCUGUGCUGACUUUGCCAGUCUUUGCUCUCCUGGCAUUCACAUUUGUUCCUCCACUUGUCUCUACCAUAUGGCUGGGGAUCACUUACUCCUUUGCUGCUGCUAGUAUGUGGCCAUCCAUACCCCUUGUGGUACCCCAGGCCACUCUAGGAACAGCUAUGGGGCUUGCGACCUCUGUGCAGAUGAUUGGAAUUGGCCUCUCAAACUUGGUUGUUGGACACAUUCUGGGAACAAAGUCCAGUGAACUUAAGAUCCCACUGUGGCGCUGGCAGCAGAUGAUGAUUUUUAUGCUGGCAAACACCAUUGCAUGUAUUGUUACCUCUGUUAGCCUUAAUGUGGUGGACAGGAAGCAGGGGGGCACAUUGAACAGAACAACAAAACGAUCGCCUGUGGAACAUGAGGACCGGCAACCUGCAGAUGCAGCGCCAUUGCUCAGCGAUGAACCAGGAAAUGACGGGUCUGUCAACUAGGAAGUCUUGGUCAACCCCGAGUCUGAACACACACUACCAGAGCGCAAGAGCUAGACACAGCAUCAGACUUUGCCAUUGUUUUUAAGCAGCACAUCUAAAAGUAUUUUAACAUUUUUUUAAGGGAAACUUUAAUUCUGCUUGAAGAUGGUGGAUGAAGGGAAUUAUUUACUUGAAGGGGAAGCUGCUAGUUCCCUAUAUGUGGAACACAGGCAGAGCACGUUGGCCAUAUAGUGCUUAAGCAAGGAAGUGACUUCUUCCCAGGCAUAGAGGUCCAUGUGGUGCUUCUUUUUAAAAAUUAACUACACUGCAGUGAGUUAACUUAAUUCAUCUUAAUUUUGUUACAGGCUAGUAUUUCCACAUUGCUUUUUAAUCUUAAAUUAAGGGAUGUCAAAUGCAUUUCACUGAACUUCCCUCUGUUCUUUCACAGCAAGCAUCUUGCAGCAGCAUUUGCUUACUAAAUGAGUAGAUUAGCCUUCCAUUUCAGUAACUAGAAUGAUGCUGUGCUUCCUCCAACUAGGUAAGCUUACAAGUAAAACUGCCACUGCAUUAAGCAGAGUACAGCGAGUAACUAAAUCUCACUAUAAAUUGGCAAGGCCUGAUGGGGUGGAAAAUGGGCCAAAUUUUGAAUUGCCUUGCUACCUGAUACUCUCCCAAGCUGUGACUGCUCAGAUGCCCUCAAAACGUAUGAAACUGAUCUAAGACAGUAAGUAAAAAUAUAUGUAACCUAAUCCUCUGAAUCUCAAAUGCUUCCACUAGUUAGUGCUAAUAUGUAUUGAUCUCUGGCUUCUAGAGCUGAGUAAAACUACCAGUCUUUCUAUGCAACCUCUUGAAUGUGAUGGGUUAACAAUGAAGUAACAAUCACAUUUUUAAAAAGAGGUGAGAGCAAAUGAAGGAAAAAAAUGCCAAAAGCAGAGGGUAGGGAAAGCCUUUGGUGAAUCAUUAAGCAGUGGCAGAAUACAAAUAUUUUGGAGUGAAACUAAUUUUUUGUAUAUGAGAACAGGUUGCAGUGACAAGUACAAUAAUGUAAUGUCUUCCCAACUAGUCGUUGUGGAGAACGGAUCCUCUGUUACAGGAAAUGUUGUUUUGUGUUAGUAAGAGGUAGUAGAUUGGAGAACUUUACACAGCAGUUCCUCCCAAGUUUGUAUAAAUUUGUCUGAAUCUAUUCUGGUUCACAAUACAAUCUAAUACAAACAAUUUAACAAUUAGUGUGCAGGGAGGUUAAGUUGUGUGCAGUUGAAAACAAGAGGGUAGGAGACUCAUCUACUCAUCUCCCUAAUGCAGUUGAACACAUCUCUUGGAAAAUGCAAGCUCUUACCUUUUCAUUAAUUUUUUGUCUGAGAAAAAUAAUAGAGCAUGUAUUCUGUUGCAAAUAAAUCAGAAAGACAAUAGAUCAGAAUUCUUUUGGACAUUGUGGAUUCCUAUUUGCAGUCUCUGGGUUUAUCUUGUUAAUCUUGUAGAUGCUAAUGUUGUGUGGCACUCUUAAAAUGAUCUUAUGGCACCCUGACUGAGAAUCACUAUUCUAACAUAAUGCCUUCUUGUUCUUACCUUCCAUUAAGCUGAGGCAUCAGCUUUUGUACCAAAGCAGUUGUCUUAAUUAGAGUGAGUCGCUAAUAGUUUUAAGAUUAAUGUAAAUCUCUGUGUUUACCAACAGCAUUUUUUAACCAAUUAUUAACUGAGUUCACUUGCUAGGUUAGAUUAUUAUCCCAGCAUAUCUUUUAUCUUGCGAUUACAGUAGUGUAACAUUCCACUCUCUCAGAAAUUCACCCUGGGAUUUCCAUGUAACAGCAUUAUAGAUUGCUGAGGAUUUGGGUUCAGGGCAGGGUGGGAGUAGCCUUUGAAACAAGUACCUUUUAUAGUAAGUGGCAUGCAGUAGCCAUGUCAAAGUAGCUGCAGUUUUGCUUCCCUGAGUCAUUGGUUCUACAGACGAUGGGAUUUCUUUUGAACUAGGUGGUCAGCUGUAUGAGUGAGUAAUACACACUUUGCACUGCGCCCAGACCUGAUGCAUUGUCAAAUUAAUUGCAUACCAUGUCCAAAGUUUAAAAGUUUAUCCCAUCAUUCCUCAUGAUCCUGUACUGUGUUUCUGGAAAGCCAGUGUUACUUUUUCAUACAGUAAUGAACUUGGGGACAAAACAAUAAACUGUAAUUCAAGUAGUCAUGAAUAGGUAGUAGUCUGGGCCAUAACCAGCUUCCUGGAGCUUUGUAAACCAACUGCUUCCUUAUUGAGUGGUUUUGGGGAUGGCAGCAGCAAGACCUACAGCUCCAAGACAGACUUUUAAUUAAAUCAUUUCUCUCUGUGUAGUACCAUUCUUGGGUGCACAGAACAAGGGUUGAUUGGCUUGGAUAGGUGGCUUCUUAAUUGUUUGCAUUGGCUGGCUUGGCUCAUGGGCUUUGGCAGUGCUAGUACAGCAAUAGUACUACUGAGGGGGAUAUUUUGCUGUGCAGCCUACUUGUGUAUGUUAGAGAACAUGUACUUCUAUUGUAUGAACUAUGACAAUCACUGCAGACAAUGGGGGAACCUACUGUGCAGCACAUUCUAAAGAGAAUACAGGAAAUGAGCUUUCCCUACUUUGAGACCACCACCAGUUGGAAAAAAAUGAAGCAGAGCUGUAAAGCUAAAUAAGGUGGCAGUGCUGCCUGACCCCCUCCUUGUUGCUUUAGCCUUUCCUCCUGACAACCACUGCAAGAUCAUGGGGGCUUCCAAUAUCAUACCAACCUCAUUUGGAAGGGCUCAAAGGAAUGGCUCAUGUAUGCCGCUGUCUUCUCUGCCACUGGCAGGAGCUGUCACUAGUAGAGCUGUUAGGGCUAACUGCUAUUCCCACUAGGAGAGCUCCAGUGUGUAGAAUAAGGGCUCCACUUGUGAUUGCAGCAAAGAGAUACUGAGCAAGCAGCAACUUUGCUAGAACAAGCUUUUCAGAAGCAUAUUUAUUACACCCAUAAACUGCUGCUUUGUUUUCCCUGGUUCAGCAGAGCGCCACAUGUUGCUUAUCCCAGAAUAAGCCAUUUUAUCAAGGACAAGCGCUAUGGCAUUUAUCCCCUGGGUAAAUCCUAAAAAGGUUUAUAGGAUAGGAAGUACUAACAGCUUAGGCUGGGACAUCUCAAAGUGCAUCUGAAUGAUUAUCCCAGGAUUACAUCACUGAAAUCAAUGGUAGAAAAGCAGCAGUGCAUUCAGCUGCUCAUUAAACCCUGAUUAGAAGGGUGAUGUGUACAUAUACACCAAUCCUGCAAUAUUUCUGUUCCAGGACAAACACAAGCACAACUUGUGUAGGGAGAAAUGCAACAUUUGUUCUUAGCCUAGGUGAGAGCAUCAUCUAACACUGCUGUACAACUUCUCCUCAAAACAAGGAAACAUUUGCAAUUAUUCUCUGCUUGUCAAAGCAUAUAAUGUUUGACCCAUUUUUUGCCACAUCCUAAAUUAGUGUUAAUAUAUUAACUAAAUAACCUCUAAUGUCCUGUGAAGUCAUUUAAUGCAUUAGCCAGGAUAAUGGUCAAUCUUUUAAAAACUCCCUAAAUUUGUAUAGUCCAAUUUGUUUCUUCUACUAAGAAAGAUAAAUAAAAAACUGCUUUGCA